GUUAAAAUGGCGCUCAGGAUAAACACAGCUCACCUUGUAAUCAAGCAUACUCAACGACUAUUUGCUUUAAAUUUAAUGAGGCGUUUCUCAAGUACUACAAAUCCCAAUAUUAAAAAUGAAGAUUAUGCCGAUGUUGUUAUUUCUGGAGGUGGAAUGGUUGGUGCUGCGAUGGCAUGUGCAUUAGGAAAUAACAGUGCUUUAAAAGAUAAAAGAAUAAUUUUGCUUGAAAUGGGAAAAGACAUGGGUAGUUAUGUUCUUCCAGAAAAAUAUGGCAACAGAACUUGUGCUCUUAGUCCAGCAACAGUACGUUUACUUAGUACUUUUGGUGCCUGGCAAGAAAUUGAAGCAAUGCGACACCAUCCAGUUCUUAGAAUGCAGGUGUGGGACUCAUGUUCUGACUCAUUGAUAACAUUUAAUAAUGAAGACAUGACUGAUAGUCUAGCCUACAUAGUAGAGAAUGAUGUUAUUCUAGCUGCCAUUAUGAAAGCAUUAAAAGCCAUGAAAGACAGGGUAGAAGUUCGUUAUGAAACCAAAGCUGUAUCCUUUAGCAACAUAAGCUGUGAAAAUUCUACGGAGUCCAGAUUUCCAUAUGUUGAAAUGACUCUUAAUGAUGGAUCCACAUUAAAAACAAAAUUAUUGGUUGGUGCUGAUGGUAUGAAUUCUAGUAUUCGAAAAGCUGCAAAAUUUCAUACAGUGAAAAGAGACUAUGAUCAAAGUGCUGUCGUAGCAACCUUGAUGCUUGGAGAUACAAUUAGUAAUGAUACAGCUUGGCAAAGGUUUUUACCUACAGGUCCAAUUGCCCUUCUUCCGAUGAGCAACACUUUGUCAUCUUUAGUGUGGACAACAACACAUGAGAAUGCCAAACAUUUACUGCAGAUACCAAGUGACAGUUUUGUGGAUGCUAUUAAUGAUGCUCUAUGGCACGAGCGAGAAAAGAAUGCUUUAACUGGACAAGUUCUUGGUGUUUUCAAAAAUCUUUUGCAAAAUGUUUUACCAGGUACAGAUUCUGCACGUCAGCUUCCUCCAACAGUUAUUGAUGUUCAGGAGGGGUCAAGGGCAGCAUUUCCACUGUCUCUAAUCCAUUCUUCUCAGUAUGUUAGACCAAGGGUGGCAUUAAUAGGAGAUGCUGGUCACAGACUACACCCACUUGCAGGCCAAGGUGUUAAUUUAGGCUUUGGUGAUGUGGAAAACCUGAAUGAAGUUUUGACUAAAGCUGCUCACAAUGGUGCUGACUUGGGUUCUCUCACACAUCUGCUUCAGUUUGAGACAGAACGACAACGGCAUAUCGUGCCUGUCAUGCUGACAAUAGAUGCCUUACAAAGACUUUACUCAACUGAGUUUACUCCCUUGGUACUGGCACGCAGCUUGGGUCUUCAUGCUGUUCACUCAAUCCCUAUUGUUAAGAAAUUCAUUAUUGACCGUGCAUCAGUUUGAGACAGACAAGAACAUGCUGUGAUUUUUUUUUUACUACUCUUUUCAUAAUUUAUGUUUAUAGAUGUACUUGUAUAUGAGAAUAAAUAAUAUUUUAUAAGUGUAAA